AUGUCCAAAAAGUACCUCACACCCGAAGAUAGAGCAGAAUUAGAUCGCUUGACAAGAACGAGUGGAUUGAAAGGUGGUGCUGUGGGUCUUGUUAUCGGUUUGGGAGCUGCAGCACUUACGUAUCGGCGAUCACCCCAUUUUCGUUCAUUGACCAAGCCUAUGCAAGCUAUUCUUCCAGGAUCUGCGGCUUUUGCUGGAUAUUUAUUUGCUGCUGAUCGAGUCGCACAAAAGUUUGAGAAUGUCAAGCUCGGUUAUGUGGAUGAGGAUGUGAUACGCAACAUUGAAAGCAAAUCACCCCAUGAAGGCACUCUUAGUACAAAAGACCGCACUUUACGCUUCCUUAACGAUAAUCGAUGGUCGAUUAUUGCUGGGUCAUGGGCCGUGACUAUGGUGGGAGCUCUUAGCUACAGCUUUUCCAAUCGCUAUUUGACGACACAACAAAAGCUGGUACAAGCUCGUAUGUAUGCUCAAGCCAUUACGGUAGCUGUGCUUAUGGCGUCUGCGGGAUUAUCCAUCUAUGUUGGCGAUGAUAACAAGAAUAGAAAGGAGGAGAUCGAUGAUGAAUUGAGGGCUGUUUUGAGUCUUCCCGUAGAAGAAAACAAGGCUGUUCGACCUGCAGCCAAGAUGUCAUCGUGA